AUGGAUCCAAAACAACAACCCGAAGCAAAACAACCUGAAGCAAAGGCCGAGGUCAAGGCCGACGAGGCCGAAACCGAGCCCCUCCGACCCACCCCAAUCACCGAUCCCAACAACGUGAUCUACACCGACGAAAAUGGUGUCCAACACAAGGUCUGCCUCCCGCCGCCGGGCACACGCCUCCGAACCGCAGCUCCCAACGAAAUGACCUACACCGACGACAAGGGCGUCAGACACAGCAUAUACCUCCCGCAGGGCACCAUGCACGCGGCCUGUGACCACCUGGAGAAUGAGCGAUGGGAUGAGCUGGCCAAGUUUGAGCCGUAUACGGAUCAAGGAUAUACCGACGAAGAUUUCAAGAAAUGGGAAGAGACUCACAAGGAAGAUGAAGAAGAAGGACAAGUGGAAAAGAAGUAG